UCAGAGAGGCAGAGACAGAGAGAACCUGCUGAGUCAUGUCUGCCGGCCUGGAUGAUUCAGACAACGUGUUCGACCUGAACGAAGCGAUACCUGAGACCGAGCUGCUGGACAACAGCAUCCAGAAAGGCCGAGCCCAGCUGUCUGUCAAAACACGGAGGCACCGCCCCUCCAGGUCCCGUUACCGUGACAGCGUGAGCUCGACUGAGGGCGACGACAGCCUCGACAGAAAGGACAGUCCACAGCACUCUGCCCGCUCACCACUACACCUGGCCAUGCGAGGCUCCUCCCCCUCUCCUGAUUCGCUGCUGUCGGCUCGAAGCCCCGGCUUCUCCUUUGACACAUCACUGGUGCGUCGCUCUCCAGAGGAUGGAGGUGCUUCAUUGGCUGCUCCCCCACGGGGGCGGUACCAUCAGCUGACCAAUGCCACGUCUCAGGAGGCUCUAGUGACGCCCAGCAGUUCACCAUCAAAAUCCUGCCCCUCCUCCGACUGCUCCCCUGUCUACCUGAGGAGAAACAGGAGGCCUGACAGUGAAGUGUUGGUCUCUGAUACGAGUCGAGACACCAGUCCAGCUGAUCCUGGAAGUCCGACUGUUGUCUUUGAUAAGAAAACCAAGAGACGCUUCCUGGACCUCGGGGUGACGCUCAGACGUUCCUACAUCCGAGUGAGAAAAGAUAAAUCCAACCGGCUGUCUGUGGGCAGCAGAGAACCGUCUGAGAGUCCGUCUCGCUCCUCCGGAUCCUUCGUGUCCUUCUCCUGGUUCACUGAAGGCCGAGGUUCUCUGUCCUCCUCAGGGACGCCACCCUGUUCCCCCAAAUUGCCCCCGCUGAGCUCCCCGAGACCCCGAAAGUCCCACAGCCAGGAGUCGGCUCUCAGCGAGGAGUUUUCUCCUCCUCACACCUCCUCCUCCACCUCUCCUCCCAUCGACUCGUCCUCCUCCAGAUCCUCCCAUCCAUACCAGACGCUGUCGCAGUCCUCCGACGAGCCUUGUGAUGAACCGUCCCCUCUGGUGUCGUCCUGGUCGACUCAGCAGGUCUGUCAGUGGCUCCGAGGACUCAACAUGGACCAGUAUGUCCCAGAAUUCACUGCGAGAGACAUUGAUGGACAACAGCUGCUGCAGAUGGACAGUAACAAGCUGAAGGGUCUGGGCGUGCUCAGUUCGUCUGACCGCAGCGCUCUGAAGAGACGCAUCAAAGACGUCCAGAACACAGCCGAGAAGGAACGAAAAGCUCUGGACAAACUGGAAAAACAGAAGGAGAAACAGAGGCGGAAAGAACAGGAGCAGCGCAGGACCUGAACGCACCACCAGGGGGAGACAGUCCUGGAACGACGUAACCAUGGUAACCACCUUGAUGACAUGUCAGAGGAACCUGAUCGAAGCGGCUGCGUCUUGAAUUCUUCGUACAGAGGCCCUGAAGGAACGAAUCAUGUUUUUAUUUUUCAGCUUCAUGUGAUCGAUACAGAAAUAUUUGUUUAUAAUCAAUCGUUUAUCCCUGAAUAAAGACUGAAACAGUUAUUGAUCACC